UUCACGCGCCACAAUGCUGUGGUUGACCUAGAGAUUCCAAUUGUCAAGUUUAAGUCCAAUAUCGGGUAUAAGAGAGGGAAGUGAGAGAAGGAAAGGUAGGUCGGAUGGGUAGCUCAAGGUCGAGUGGAUUCUGAAGCAAUUAAUGCCCGUACAUGCCAUCCUUUCUUGAUAUAAAGUUGCAACGAAGUGUAUAACGUGCGUCGUUGGUGUUAGAGAAUGAAGCAAAGAAAGCAAGAAAGCGACUGUGUUGAAUCAAAGACGAAGGAGGUUGUUGUUGUUCCAAGACCACCGCCUCCUCCUCCGCCGCCACUUCCGAAAUUCCCAGUGUUUUCAAGAAGGCCCAGAGCAGAAGAGAGCGUUACGAAGAGAGAGAUUGCCAAGUUCUGGAGGCAGAAGCGGAUCGAGGAAGAAGACCACCUCCUUGCAGCUAUUAAAGCGGCCGCUAAACUCCGAGCACGCAAUCUGACGGAGCAAGACUACCUGAGCUUCCAAGAGUCGUUGGAGAACGAGAGAGCUGAGGACGAUGGUCUUGAGAAGAAAAGCAAAAAUGAUUCCAUGGACAAGGAAGUGCGCGUGGGAAUAAAGGACUGGUGGACAAAAAGCAAUUACGCGUAUUUGAACCAACCAGCCAUAGCUUCUAUGGAACCUCCUAAGAAGCGAGCCUCUUCUUAUAUUCCCAACUGUCUGUCUUACAAGCCCAGGCCUCUGUAUCCCACCUCCAUUGGUGUCUUUUAAACCUUGUGGGGGAUCCUACUUCCCCUGUGCUAUUUGUCCCUGCAGGUUGUGUCUUCUGUUUAUCUACUGAUUUGUAAAUUGUAACAGACCCCCCACUGUGUUGAAAUGUCAACAAAUUGAAAUGUCAUUGAUUUGUUGACUUUUUUCUUUUCAUCUUAUGUUCUCUCCCCUGUCCCUGUGUCCUGUUUUGAGAUUAUUAUUUAACAUUGAAGCUAUUGUUUAGUGCAAAUAUGAUCAGAUGGGAACGGAAACUCAGACAUUUUCAAGUUCAAUGUCAUUAAUUGCUUCUAUAUAUCUGUUGAUAA